GCGCAUGGCAACAAAUGCCAAAAUAGUUUUCUUGUUGAAAAAUGAAUCGAAUGAACUGUGAAUAAACUCCGUUUUCGUCUUCAAAAUUACAUCGGACAGAGUGUCCUGAAAGGCAGUCAUGCCUCCUGGCAAGCCAAGAUCCAAAGAGGACACAUGGAGGGAAGAAGAUCUCAAAAAGUCCCUCAAGGGUAUGAACGAUGACAAGCGCCGCCACAAGGACAAGGAUCGUAGCGAUGAUAAGAGGAGGGAGAAGCCACGCGAUGUGAAUGGAGAAGAUAAGGAGAGAAGGAGGAGGAAAGAAGAAGAUGGAGAACGACGACAUCGAGACAAGAAUGAAAGUCGAGACAAAGAUGAAAAGAGACACUCGCGAAAGAAAGAAGAUGGGGACGAUGAGGAAAGACGACGGAGACAUGAAGAAAGAAAGAAAAGACAUGAAAAUGAGGAUGAGGAGGAAAGAAGACGCCGACAUGAAGAAAGAAAGAAAAGACAUGAAAAUGAGGAUGAUGACGAGAGGAGGCGGAGGCGCGAGGAACGAAAGAGACGCGAAGAGGAGGAUGGACGGAAAAAACAGGAUGGCGGAGACGAUAGGGAAAGAAGACAUCGCAAGAAAGAUGAGGACGAGGAGAAAGAACGACGGAAACAUCGUGAUAAGGAACAUGACGAAGAGAGAAGACGAAGACCCAGAGAAAAAGACGAGGCUGAAGAAAGAAAACAUAGAAAGAGAGAUGAGAAGAAAGACGCAGAUGGACACCGAAGGCACAGGGACAAGGACAAUGACGAGGAAAGACGGCGACAUCAUCGAGACAAGGAUGGAAGUCGGGAAGGACGACAUACUAAGGAAGAGGACAGUGAGCGACGGAAAAGGAGGGAUGAGACUGAAGAAGAGAGGGAAAGAUGGAAGGAAAAGGAGAGAGAGGAGAGGCACAGAAAAAGACGUGAGGAGCGGGAAGCUCAGAAACGGGAGGAGGAAGAACUCCAGAAGAAAUCGGCAGCAGAAACGGCCAAGGCCGAUCUUCAGAAUGGUGAUGCCGCAGGAGAUGAUGACGAAUAUAAUUAUGAAGAUGAAGAAUUUGAGGAUUAUGAUGAUGACUUUGAGGAUGAGAGUGAGGGGGACAAAGACGAGAGCAGCGACACUUCGGCCCGCCCCGAGGGUCGGAAACAACCAGUCUGGGAUAUAAAUGACCCAGAUCCUGAGAAGCGAGAGAUGGCAGAAGUUAUGCGUGCCAUGAAUGAAGAAAACACAAGAAUAAUGUCAGCGUCAUCGCGAACUUACUCUGAUGAUGAAGACGAACCUCGAUUCGAUCGACGACGCGAUACCCAGUCCUCCAGAAACACGGCAGGUCGAUCGUUCAUCAAUUUUGUCUCGGCAAAACAGCGGCAGAUGAGUCGGAAAGCUGCGUCAAAAGCCAAGGAACGAGGGAAUGAGAUCUUAAAGAUGGUCGACUUGGAUGUGUCUGCAUUCGACAUGUUCGAUUUGCCGCCUGUCCGGGAGUAUGACAUGUACAUCAUGAACUUUGGCCGCUCAAAUACAAAGCAGGCUUAUGUCCAAACCAAUGAAGACAACAUUGAUCGUGAAAUACAGACAGAAGAAAUUGACGUGCGGACAAAAUGGUGUCAGCAUCCACCGGAGGAUUACACAGCUUGCGGGGCGGCUGAUGGUGAAGAGAUGGAAGAUGAUGAUAACAUCACAAAGACAGAAGAAGACACGUCAAGACUUGGCACGUUUAUACAAAAAGCUGGACAGGUCAUAGCGAUACUGUUGGAAGAACAGCUCGCCCACAAAAACCAGCAAGAACUGGGCGGGAGCCAAUCAAACAUCAGUCUCAGUGACAACUUCGUGCAGCUCGGUGUUCCGCCCUUCCUGAAGACUCGCCACGUUGUCUUUAGUUGUUUCUCCCCGAUCCAGUCAUAUCUGCUGCUGACCGUGUACAGCAUGCCAACCGAGCCAUCGCCCCGCGACCGGUGGCGCAAAAAUGGUAUAGUUUGUGUGUGGAAUGUCAAUGAACCCUCAAGACCUCAAAAGGUGUUGAUCUGCUCGACUCAGCCCGUCUGCUGUUGUUUUAGUCCAAACAAGGCAACGCUAGCUUUUGGCGGAAUGAGAGAUGGUUCUGUUGUCGUGUGGGAUCUCCGCGAGACGUCCUCCCUUCAUCAGAGCGAGGUGAUGGAAGGCCAAGAUUGGGUAUUCCGCCAUCCAACCUACAGCACAGCCGGCGUAACAGGGAAUGAAAACCACCACAGUGCUGUUGUGUCCGUCCUACCGAUUAUUUCCCCAACGGAAAGCAAAUUCAAAGGGAAUGAUGUUUUAGCUGAAAGUGCCAAGUCUUCUCUGUUGGAUCCGAGCAAAAGUGAUAGUGAUGUUGGUUCCGGUCUUUCGUUCCAACUUGCCUCUCUAGAAGAAUCAGCCGUCUUACAUGUUUGGGUUGUUGCUGAAAUUAACAACCCAGAUAUUGCUGGGUCCGAGUCUGACCUCGGCCUCGCGCCAGGUGGUAAAAUAAAACUGCUGCUGAGUUCGUCCAUAAAAUUAGAAAAUCCCGUCCGUAACCCACUCAUGAGGAGUCCGCUCCACGCAUUUGAUAUGCAGCUCCUGCCGUCCGACCCCAAUCACUUCUACGCUGGAACUGAUUCGGGUUUUGUUGUCCAUGGUGUGCGCCACACAGGCCGGGCGCCGCCAAAGUCAUUCCGUCCAGAAGUCGAGAGUCCUGUUGACAUCUUAUCUAUAGACUUCUCUCCAUUUGACCAGCCGGUCUUUUUGGUUGGUUGCGGGGAUGGAAGCGCUCGGUUACAUAAUGCUAACUUUGAACAUCCCAUAAUGUCUUGGCCGAACGCGACGGGAGGGAAGGCAAUACGCAACAUUCAGUGGUCGAAGAGUCGACCGAGUGUUUUCUUUGUCAUCGACGAGUCGUCUUUAAUCCACGUUUUUGAUCUUCUUAAAAACGAUGCCGCACCACAAAUCAGUGAAAAAAUUAGUAAAUCAAGAGUGACAAGUUUCUGUCUAUCGAAUGAUCAUAGUGCCACAGGACUCGGCCUUCCUGGCAGACAACCUCAAAUGGUAACGACCACUGCAGAAGGGGCAAUAGAAGUACAUAACAUCAGUAAACAGUUUGCCGUGGCACAACUCGACGAGGUCUACCAGUUUGCCAGCUAUCUCGAACAAGCUCUCUAAUCAUGAUGACAAAGACUUGCGAUAUUUCCAAUGGGCUGCCAAUGUCGUGUUACAAGUUUGUUUCCCAGCCAUCUUGAACAAGCUCUGCGGCCACAUCUUUAGUUCCAAAGUUCUGAGAUCGCGAGCUUAUGAACUAUGCGCCUUCCAGGCAAAGAACGAUGUUGUACAGGGACAUAGCGAUCUAGGAUGUUUGAUCAUGAAAACAACGACUUCGCUAUGGUGUCGAAAAGCAACUGAGUUACAAGGUUCAUCAGGAUGUUCGCUGCGAUGAGCAGCAAUAAAGAGUAAUGAGAGUAACGUCUAGGCAGGCACAUUGUAUCUCACCGAGGUCCCGUAUAAGGCACCGGGAAUUCGCUGUAAACCAUGAAACUAAGUGGCUCUAAAAAAUUGUACAUCAACAGCUUGCCUGUGCCGAAUAUCUACAAAUCUGUGAUAAGUUGAUAUUUUUGUUAGCUGACUUACCUCCUGUCUGAGAUAUUUGUAGUAUAAGUGUCAGACUCAAACUUUUGUUUCUCUAAAAAAGUUUGUAUCUCUGGAGAUUACGACCGAAAGAAUCUUAUCUUCGUCUGAUGAGCAUAUUUGAGGCCUCUGCACACUUGGGAGAAUGUUUAUUUGGUUUUGCUUUGUCACACUUACCGGAAGAGGUUUUGUACUUGUUCAUGCCUUCAAUAUUGUUGGUCAAAGUCCAGAGCCCAGUUGAGGUCAUAUAUGACCGGGCAAAUAGCAAACGUACGCAUGUGUAUCGGCUGUUAGAAAUUUGGUCACUAAAAAAUAUGCCCAAGUUUUAUUGUCAUACCCUUCACAACAAAAGAAUAUAACAAGUGGCAUGUAUAGCACUGUAUGCUUGUACAUGUACAAAGCAUUAAAUAUGUAAGACGUUGUAAAAAGAGACUAUAUUAUUUAUGGAAUGUGCUGUUUUGUAUUCUGUGAAUCAAGUGUAGAUAAAGUGACAAUUAAAUAAAA